AUGCCUUCCAAUAUUGUUGAUGCGUCUACUGCCGUCGGCUUAGACGGCGAACAAUUCGACUUCGUCAUUGUUGGCGGCGGGCUAUCGGGCCUCGUGGUCGCUUCUCGCCUCACAGAGAAUGAGAAGAUUCGAGUCCUAGUCCUGGAGGCAGGAGCAGAUCGUCGCGAUGAUCCAAGAAUCUCCUGCCAAGGCCUCGCCCUCGCCACGUACUUCAAUCCCGAUUUUGACUGGUGUAUGGUCACUGAGCCUCAGGCUGGGUUAAACAAUAGGCCGCUGGGUCAGCCGUACGGAAAGACUCUGGGAGGCUCAUCUGCUAUCAACCUCGGUAUGGUCAUUUAUCCCUCCAAAUCUGGGUUCGACUCUUGGGAGAAGCUCGGGAACCCAGGUUGGGGAUGGGAUGGUAUGGCCCCAUACCUUCGGAAAUUCCAUACCUACACGGAGCCCGAAGCAGGCGUCAAAGAACAACUGAUGCUCGAUUACCAGGUCAAGGAAGCUCAGGGUUCUAGUGGCCCGAUUCAGGUCUCGUACGGAAGCGGAGCGGGCUUUCCACCCUUCAGCACUGCUUGGCCACGGGCUUGGUCGAACCUGAACCGCAAGCUGAUUGGUGACCCCAUCUCUGGCGUCGCGGUGGGAUCCUUCAACAACCCAGCCACAAUGAGUCCUGUCACUAAGGAGAGAAGCCAUGCUGGUAACGCCUACCUGUCUGAAGAGGUCGCCAAUCGAGCCAACCUGCGUGUCAUCACAGAAGCUCUUGCCACGAAGGUUCUCUUCGGAACAGACGCAAGCGGUGCUGUGAAAGCAACAGGUGUCGAGUUCAAAGCUAAGAACGGACAACUGUGCCGUGUUCUUGCUACGCACGAAGUCAUCCUGGCAGCUGGUGCUAUUAAGACUCCUCAACUCCUCGAGCUUUCUGGCAUCGGAAACAAAGACAUCCUUGCAAAGCACGGCAUUGAUUGUCUCGUAGACAACCCCAACGUUGGCGAGAACCUUCAGGACCACGGUUUUGUCCCCUUCAGCUGGGAAGUUGCCGACCCAGCUACGUCCGCGGAUGCAAUGCGCGAUCCAGCUGUGGCCAAGAUGGCACUGGAAGCUUUCACGACGGCCAAGGCAGGCCCGCUUAGCACACACUCACUUGCGUCUGCCUUUCUGCCCUUGCAGAAUGAGGACUUCAGCUCGGCGGCUGUCAAAGACCUGUUGCCCGAGCAUUUUGAUCAGAAACCCAUUCCUCCGGCCCUGAAGCAACAAUUUGAGAUCCUCCGCGAGCAAAUCAUUGCGCCGGACGACUGCUCCGCGCAAUACACACUGGCUCCUUUCCAGAUCACACCGAGCAUGACGGAUCCGUCGCCGCAGGUCACGUUCGCAAUGAAGGAAGACGGCUUCUAUGCUUCCAUGGUCGCAGUGCUGAGUCAUCCAUUCAGCAGGGGAAUAGUACACAUUCGCUCUGGGGAUCCGGAGCAGGCGCCUGUUCUCGACCCGCGCACCAUGUCACACCCGCUGGAUCUAGAACUCCAUGCUCGCCACACUCUGCUCCUCGAGAAACUGAGAGACACCAGCCCACUAAGGGAGUUGUUCAAGGAGGGUGGACGGCGUCUUCACAAUGGAGGCAAGAGGGUGGAGACUCUGGAGGAGGCCAAGGAGGCUGUGAAGAAUGGGUAUACGCCGCACUAUCAUGUGUGUGGCACGGCCGCGAUGAUGCCGAGGGAGGCUGGAGGAGUUGUUGACUCGAAGUUAAGGGUGUAUGGAGUCAAUGGGUUACGGAUCGUCGAUGCUAGUGUUUUCCCGCUGAUUCCUAGAGGCAACAUUCAGACGGAUGUGUAUGCAGUGGCUGAGAAGGCUGCCAAGCUUAUAGGAGAGAGCUGGCUGGAAAGCUAG